AUGGUAGGCCUUUCGUUUGAUAAUUACCAAAGAAACUCUUUUCUAUCAUCUAAGUCUCACAAACAACCAAAAGCAACCUCCACAGGUACGACAAUUGUCGGUGUAAAAUUCAAUGGUGGUGUUGUAAUUGCUGCAGAUACGAGAUCCACACAAGGUCCAAUUGUGGCAGACAAAAAUUGUGCUAAAUUACAUCGUAUUUCUCCACGUAUAUGGUGUGCAGGUGCAGGUACGGCAGCUGAUACAGAAGCUGUAACACAAUUAAUUUCUUCUAAUAUCGAAUUACAUUCUUUAUCGACGAGAAGAGAACCAAGAGUGGUGACAACCUUACAGAUGCUGAAGCAGCACCUUUUCAGAUAUCAAGGUCACAUCGGUGCUUACUUAAUCGUUGCAGGUGUCGAUCCAACUGGUGCCCAUCUUUUCUCCAUCCACGCUCAUGGUUCUACCGAUGUUGGUUAUUACUUAUCCCUUGGUUCUGGUUCAUUGGCAGCAAUGGCAGUCCUGGAAUCAAAAUGGAGGGCGGACAUAAGUAAAGAUGAGGCUAUAGAAUUAGCUUCAGAGGCUAUCGAAGCAGGUAUAUGGAACGAUCUGGGUUCUGGUUCCAAUGUCGAUGUAUGUGUAAUGCAAAUUGGUCAAGAUGCACAAUACUUAAGAAACCACAGAACUCCAAAUGUAAGAGAACCAAAACAACAAAAUUACAAAUUUAGAAGAGGUACUACCGCUGUAUUAAAGGAGAGUAUUAUAAAUGUUUGCGAUAUCGAUGAAGAAAUAAUUGAUACCGCAGCUUAA